AUGGAUGAUAAUGAUGCACAUUAUAGAAAAAUAUUUCGAGGAUUAGAUCCAGGUAAUGAAUUAAAAUUAGGUUCAUCUUCAAAUAGUCCUUCACCUCCACCUACAAUUUAUCGUACUCGACAAGAUCAAAUUAAACAUGAAAAUGAAAUUAAUAGUGUUGAUCCUCUUGUUGGUCUCGAUGAUCUUGCAGAUCAAACGCCUCGUUCAAAUGAUCAACUUAAUCACAAUUCUUUACCACGUACAACAAAUGAAUAUGGAGAAAAUCGAUUUAGAUCUACACGUCAAACCGAUAAUUCUGAUGAUGAAGACAAUUAG